AUGUCGGCUACACGAGAAGCCCGGAGACCAAGAGAACCAGUCCAAAGAUUUACAUACUUCCUGCAGAAAAUUUACCGCAACUCCAACAACCUUUUACAUGUUCGCGUUUGCUAA